AUGACCACAGCUACGCACCACCAGCACCAACCGCCACAACCCCAUCUCGGCUUCGUUGUCGAUACAUACGACCCGGAUGACGUGGUACCUCGAGGAAGCCCUCUCAUGACCCCGCUUCGUCCAAAGCUCGAGCCGUCUCCAAGUCCUCCCCCAGAUAUUCCUGCAGCUCAAGUCAGUCUGAAAUCCACCUCCAUCGACGGUCGCGGCAAGUCUAAUCGCCACAAGGUUCGUCCCACUUCUGGAGAUGCUGUUUUAGUCGCAUAUCUCGACAAUGGACGCGAUCCCGAUAUAGCACGAGAAGCUGCCCGCGAGAGUCUUCCGGGCGACGAAGAUUCGCCAGAUGAAGAGCCACGGCGAGAACGGGCCGUCGACGGCAAUCUGAUGAGCGGGCCUCUGCUCCAGCACCUGGCCGCUGACGCUCUCCAAGCUGCUUCUAUUGCGACAGCACCGCCGUCUCUCGCCGCCUCGGUCCCAAAAACAAUACCCGAUAUAUCUAUACCGACCGGGCAGCUUUCUAUCCACGACGAGCCCCCGAUCAACGAGUCACGUCGCCGCUGA